AUGGGACGCCUGUGUCUGACCUUGGUUGUCACUCUCUCCCUUUUCACCUGCCAGGUUUUGUGCUCAGGGGUGUUUGAGCUGAAGCUGCAGGAGUUUCUAAACAAGAAAGGGGUGGCGGGGAACGCCAACUGUUGCCCCGGCGGCGGCUCGGCUCAUCGGCCGGGCCACCAACAGUGCGAGUGCAAGACUUUCUUUCGAAUCUGUCUCAAGCACUACCAGGCUAACGUGUCCCCCGAGCCCCCAUGCACAUACGGCGGAGCGGUGACCCCAGUUCUGGGCUCCAACUCCUUCCAGGUGCCGGAGACCAACGCGGACACCUUCACCAAUCCGAUCCGCUUCAAUUUCGGAUUCACGUGGCCGGGGACAUUUUCACUGAUCAUUGAGGCUCUGCACACAGACUCCCUGGACGACCUGGCAACAGACAACCCAGAGCGCCUCAUCAGCCGCAUAACCACUCAACGUCACCUGACAGUGGGAGAAGAGUGGUCCAAAGACAUGCAGACGUCUAGCGGGACGGAGCUACGUUACUCUUAUCGAUUCCUGUGUGAUGAACAUUACUAUGGCGAGGGCUGCUCCGUGUUCUGUCGGCCCCGAGACGAUGCAUUCGGACACUUCACCUGUGGAGAGCGUGGCGAGAUCAUUUGCAACUCUGGCUGGAAGGGACAGUACUGCACUGAACCAAUUUGUCUUCCUGGCUGUGAUGAAAAUCAUGGCUUUUGUGAGAAACCUGGAGAAUGCAAGUGCCGUGUGGGAUUCAGUGGUCGUUACUGUGAUGAUUGUAUCCGUUACCCUGGCUGCCUCCAUGGUACGUGCCAACAACCCUGGCAAUGUAACUGCCAGGAGGGUUGGGGUGGCCUCUUCUGCAACCAGGAUCUGAACUAUUGUACACAUCACAAGCCUUGUCUCAAUGGUGCCACCUGUACCAACACUGGCCAGGGCAGCUACACAUGCUCCUGUCCACCUGGCUAUACAGGUGCCAGCUGUGAGAUCGAGGUCAAUGAAUGUUCUGGAAACCCUUGUCGCAAUGGUGGCAGCUGCUCUGAUCAUGAUGGUGGAUAUAAGUGCACCUGCCCACCUGGUUUCUAUGGCAACAACUGUGAGUUGAGUGCCAGUAGCUGUGCGGAUGGGCCUUGCUUCAAUGACGGACGUUGUGUUGAUAACCCUGAGGGGGGCUACUUCUGUCAGUGCCCCACAGGAUACGCCGGAUUCAACUGUGAAAAAAAAAUUGACCACUGCUUGUCCAACCCCUGUUCAAAUGGUGCAGAAUGUGUGGAUUUAGUCAACUCUUACCUCUGUCAGUGUCCUGAAGGGUAUUUUGGUACCAACUGUGAGGACAGUAGCAGCAGCAGCCUCUCUGGACACUGUCAGUCUUUUCCUUGUCAGAAUGGUGGAACAUGCCAAGAGGGAGCCAAUGGCUACACAUGCAAUUGUCCUCCAGGGUACACCGGCAAAAACUGCAGUUCCCCCAUCUCCCGCUGUGCUCACAAUCCUUGCCACAAUGGAGCCACCUGCCAUGAACGUGGCAACCGCUUUGUGUGCGCCUGUGUGCCAGGCUACGGUGGGCACAACUGCCAGUUCCUCUUACCAGAAGUCCCCAAGGGUCAGCCAGUGGUAGAUGGACCAGACAGACGAUAUUCCUCCCUGGAAAGUGACAUUUUUGACGAUACUGACAAUGACGACAACGGCUUCCCCUGGACAGCAGUGUGCGCUGGCAUCUUCCUCGUUCUCGUGAUUCUCAUAGGUUGCUCUGUUUUGGUAGUCUAUGUUCGAGUCAAACUGCAGGAUCGGCAAAGUCAUCGCAGUGACAGCGUCCGUAGCGACAGCCACGAGACGAUGAACAAUCUGACGACCACCAACAACUGCCUCCGGAGUGAUAAGGAGCUGGGUGCUGUAAUGACAACAUCCAUUAAAAACACAAACAAGAAGGCAGAGUACCAUUCUGAGCUGGCUGGUUCGCUUGGUGGUCUGAGUGGGAUUGGUGGGCUCAAUGGACUUGGUGGAUCAGAGAAGCAUGGAUUCAAGACUCGCUACUCCAGUGUGGAGUACAAUCUCGUGCAUGAGCUGCGGCCUGAGGAGGUGUCACUGUGUAAACAGGAGGACCAUGAUGGGCCUGAGGUGAAAUGUGAGAUGCUGGAAGAGUCUGAUACAGAAGAAAUAUCAAGAAAAAGACAAAAUAGUGACGCUUCAGAAGAGAAACAAGUGGAAGAGUCGCUGAGCUGCAGCGAAGCAAUGUAUCAAUCAUCCUACGAUCUGAACCAACAUGCCGGCAGUGAUCUUAAAUACCAAUCCUCAAGUGAUGUCAAAUACCAAUCAAGCUGUGAUGUAGAAUGUCAAAGCGGGGCCAGCGGUGUCAGCAAGUACCAGUGCACCACAGACACCAAAUACCAGUCAGUGUACGUAAUAUCAGACCAGAAGGACGAGUGCUUAAUCGCCACAGAGGUAUGA